CAUAUCCGUUGAACGCACCCCUGUUCCUGUGUGACUUCACAGUGGGAAAACUGCCAACCAUAAAGUCCUGGAAACACAGCGCUGCUGCUCUUGUUUGCUGAACUGUUUGUCUGGAUCAAGGUAACAACAUCUACAUCACCACAACAACUGAAUACAAUUAACAAAAUGCACUUGUAACGAGCUGUGAAACGAGAAGACCUCUUGAUUGUUGUGUCGCUGUUGUCUGCAUGGUUAGCUGGUCUGAGGUGCUCUAUUGGAUCUGUUGACUGUGGAGGCCACUGAAGUACACUGAAUUCACCAUUUUGUGUUCAUGGAACCAGAUUGAGACAACUUGUGCUUUGUGACAUGGGGCAUUAUCAUGCUGGAAGUAGCCAUUAUAAGGUGGUAAAUUGUGGCCGUAAUGGGAUGCAAUAAUACUGAAUGCAUAAUUGCAUGAAUGAACAGGUGUAAUAAAGUGUCUGGCAAUUUGUCAAAUGGAUCAAACUGAGUAUGAGAUCCCAGGACUGAUCAGGAUACCAGAGGUUGGGAGUGGUUCAAACUCCAGCUGCCAUUCAGUUUAGACCUACCCAAAUGCCCUGAUAUUUCCCUGGUGGAUUCAGUGGUGGUCACAUUUAGAUCUAUUUUGGAUAUCUUUAUUACCAUCUGUAGUCAUGCCCUGAUCUGCAACAAUUUCCUUUAGCUUUAUGUUCUGCUUUUUCUGGUUCUGAUUUUUGCCAGUCAUCCUACUAAUACUGGACUCGAACUUGGAGCUCCAGUCCACACAACACACUUACAGGUUUAUCUUUAAUCCUAUCCUAUCAGUCCAUUCCACUGGCCUUGUGGUGGUAGCCAACAUACCUGCUGGACUACAGCAAUGCUUGGCUGUCUUCUGCGAGGUAGGAGCAUGUCUCAAAGGCUGAGUGUUUUUCUCUUACUCUUUGGCCUGGCCUGGUGCCUGCUGCUGCUGCAUUACACCAUUACACAGCCACGACACCAAAGCAGCGCCGAACUCCGCCAGCAGAUCCUGGAGCUGAGCCAGCGCUAUGUCAAAGCUCUCAGUGCGGAGAACAAUGAGCUUGCAAGGCCACACAACCCCUCAAUGGCUGGAUAUGCUGAUCUGAAAAGGACCAUUGCCGUGCUAUUGGAUGACAUCUUGAACCGUUUGGUCAAGCUGGAGAACAGGCUGGAUGCUACAGUGAACACCUCAGUGCACAGCCCUUCUCACAUGACAGGGACUGUCAUACACAGAUCCACUAAACAGAAUGAAUCAGGCACAAACACUCACAGCAGUCAGCUGCAGCCACAGCCACUGACGUAAUCUGGGAGCUAGUGGCUUAUGGGUGGCACCAAUGACACUACGGUUGCACCAUGACUCCAAGACUGAUAUGUUGUCUGUCGGUGUGUGUGUGUGUGUGUGUGUGUGUGUGUGUGUGUGUAUAGUGUAUAUAAUUUUUUCCUAUUAUGGAUGUAUCCAAAUAUGAAUACAUUAUUCAUAUUGUUGACUUGAACAGAUAAUGCGUCCUAAAUUAAAUCUGUAUACAGAUCCAAAUUGUAGGCAUAUUAUUAUUAUUAUUAUUAUUAUUAUUAUUAUUAUUUGUUUUUUGUUUUGUUUUUUAAGAAAGGUUGCCAACUUGCUUCAGCCUCUGUGUAUCCAUUGGUACUGCGACUAGCCCAAAAUUUUUAGGCAUGUGAAAAGUGUCUGACUUUAUCUUUCUUAGUCUUUUUGUGGAAAACAAGUUAACGGGUAUGCUAAUUUCUGAUUUGCAGUACACAGCCAUUAUAUGAGGAACCUGGCAACCAUGCUCCAAGGACAUAGUUCAUUUAUGUGAAACAAACAGAAGAUGCAGUAUUCAUAUUUUACCCAACCGCAAACCGGAAAUAAAUUUGAUAAAAUAUUAUUAGGUGGCUAUUGUUGUCAAAUGUAAACAAGAGUUUCUUGAUUUGGGAAAGACAUCACUGCUUUGAAAUAGCUACUCGGCCACAUUAGAUAGAAGAUAUAAAGCUUGUUAGAAAGCUUAUACAGGGUGUGCAGAUCAGGAAUUGAAUAAAGUUAUGUUCUGCAAAUUGCUAUUUGUUGUUAGAAUUUGUGAAUAAAAAUGACUUCUUAUUCCAGCAGCCCUGUUUUUUCCAUGGUUCCAGGGCUUUGUGAUAAAGGGCGUUCUUUUAAUUUUAAAACUAUUUUAAUGCUUUUAUGCAUCAGCAUUGCAAUGCAUGAUUGGCUCAUUGGAUAAUUUUCAUAAAUGAGUAGGAGCACAGUUCCUAUUAAAGUAGUCAGUGAGUAUGUUGAAGAGAAGAGAAGAGAAGAUAAUACUUUAUUAAUCCCCAGAUGGAGAAAUUAGGGUGUCACAGCAGCAGCCAAAAAAAAAGAAAAGAAUA